AUGCAGGAUUUCAGCACCCUGCUUCAGACGAGACCGAAACUACACCUCAAAUGGCCAGAAACACUUCAUCUUUCGUCGUUGAACCCGAUCUCGCAGCGAAGCAAAAGUGGCCGGCGGCGUAGUAAUUCGAAGCGAAAGUCGUCCAACUCACCGGACAAAAUCGCAUCUCUCCAGACUUCAUUUUCGACAGCAGAAUCUUUGAGGUCUCUGAGGAGGCAUAAAUGGAGUCUGUUCGACUUGCAAUACGUCGUUCUGGCGGCCUUUACGCUUGGCUGCUUGUGGGUCAUCGAAGCGAGAGCACCUCUACUCAAGACUGCCGCAGCCUCUGGAUACGUGCUGUUGUUGCUUAUGCCAGCGACGAGGCAGUUUUUUCUCCCGUCUUGGCCGAUUUGGGUGUACCUGCUAUAUUUCUUUUCCAGCCGGUACAUUCCGACUGAAGUUCGUCCGCAUAUUUGGGUCAAGGUGCUUCCGGCUCUCGAGAACGUGCUGUAUGGGGCGAAUCUGUCCAAUAUCCUUUCCGCGCAUACUCACCCGAUACUCGAUCUCUUCGCAUGGUUACCAUAUGGCAUUGGGCAUUUCCUCAACCCGGCCGUUUGCUCCAAUCUAAUGUUCAUUUUUGCCGCACCACGAACUCUGCCAGUGUUCGCCAAGUCUUUUGGGUGGUUGAAUAUCAUCGGCGUGACGAUGGCGUUGGUCUUCCCGUGCACACCGCCGUGGUACGAGAACCUGUACGGUCUGGAGCCUGCACACUAUGGAAUGCCAGGUAACCCGGCGGGAUUAGCGCGAGUGGACGCGCUGUUCGGGGUCGACAUGUAUACGACCAGCUUCUCGACGGCGCCAGUUCCUUUCGGUGCUUUCCCCAGCAUGCACGCGGCAUCGGCUGUUCUCCACGCUCUAUUCAUGAGCCACUGCUUCCCACGCUUCCGGCCCUUCUUCAUCUUCUACGUUGGAUGGCUGUGGUGGGCAACCAUGUACCUGGGCCAUCACUACGCGGUGGACCUCGUCGGUGGGAGUCUGAUUUCUGCCAUCAUCUUCUUCGUUGCCAGAACAAGAUGGCUGCCUCAUCAGCAGCCGGACAAGUCGAGCCGAUGGGAAUAUGACUAUGUCGAGAUUGGUGAGAUGAGGAAAGCCGUGGAUGAGGAAUAUGGAUACGGACUCGGUUUGCUUGAGACGCAAGGAGCCGAUGAUAGCGAUGUGUGGUCCCUUGGUAGCAGUUCGGGCUGGGACGGUUCGACCAUUGCUAGCGGCAGUUCAAGCCCGAUACCUACCACCGGUGACCGGUACAGCAGCGAAGCAAAAUCUGCAGGGGAAACCGAGUUGACGGACGUGGUGGUACGGUAG